AUGACUACAGAAUCCAACAAUCAUAAGGUUGUCCACGAAGCCAAUGGGGUUCAAUUAAGAGAAACUCCAAAGGAAUUCUUCCAAAGACAACCAAACAAAGGACAUAUUCAAGAUACUGAAGAAUACAAGAAAAUGUAUGAACAAUCCAUAAAAGAUCCUCAAGGUUUCUUUGGUCCAUUGGCCAAAGAAUUGUUGUCUUGGGAUAGUGAUUUCCAUACUGUCAAGUCAGGUACCCUUAAAAACGGUGAUGCUGCUUGGUUCUUGGGUGGUAAAUUGAAUGCUUCUUACAAUUGUGUUGAUAGACACGCUUUGGCUAACCCAAACAAACCAGCCAUUAUCUACGAAGCUGAUGAAGAAAAAGAUUCUUACAUUUUAACUUAUGGUGAUUUAUUAAGAGAAGUUUCUAAAGUUGCUGGUGUCUUGCACUCUUGGGGUGUUAGAAAAGGUGACACUGUUGCUGUCUACUUGCCAAUGAAUGCUCAAGCUCUCAUUGCUAUGUUGGCUAUUGCUAGAUUGGGUGCUGCCCAUUCUGUUAUUUUUGCUGGUUUCUCUUCUGGUUCUAUUAAAGACAGAGUCAAUGAUGCCAGCUGUAAAGCUCUUAUUACUUGUGAUGAAGGUAGAAGAGGUGGUAGAACUACCAACAUCAAGAAAUUGUGUGAUGAAGCUUUGAAACAAUGUCCAACUGUCCAAAAAGUUUUGGUCCACAGAAGAACUGGUAACCCAGAUAUCAAAUUGGUUGAAGGUAGAGAUUACUACUGGGAUGAAGAAACUGCCAAAUUCUCUGGUUACUUCCCACCAGUUGCUGUUGAUUCAGAAGAUCCAUUAUUCUUGUUGUAUACUUCUGGUUCUACUGGUACUCCAAAGGGUGUUGUCCACUCAACUGCUGGUUACUUGUUGGGUGCUGCCCUUACCACCAAAUACAUCUUUGAUGUCCACCCAGAAGAUAUCUUCUUCACUGCUGGUGAUGUCGGUUGGAUUACUGGUCACACCUAUGCUUUGUAUGGUCCAUUGUUAUUGGGUGUUCCAUCUGUUGUUUUUGAAGGUACUCCAGCUUACCCAGAUUACGGUAGAUUCUGGCAAAUUGUUGAAAAACACAAGGCCACCCAUUUCUAUGUUGCUCCAACUGCUUUAAGAUUAUUGCGUAAAGCUGGUGAACAAGAAAUUGCCAAAUACGACUUGAGUUCUUUGAGAACUUUGGGUUCUGUUGGUGAACCAAUUUCCCCAGAUAUUUGGGAAUGGUACAAUGAAUUUGUCGGUAAAGACCAAUGUCAUAUUUCCGAUACAUACUGGCAAACUGAAUCUGGUUCUCAUUUGAUUGCUCCAUUAGCUGGUGUCAUUGCCAACAAACCAGGUUCUGCUUCUUACCCAUUCUUUGGUAUUGAUGCUGCUUUGAUUGACCCAGUCUCUGGUGUUGAAAUUACCGGUAACGAUGUUGAAGGUGUUUUGGUUGUCAAAGACCACUGGCCAUCCAUGGCAAGAACUGUUUUCAACAACCACGUCAAAUAUAUGGAUACCUACAUGAACCCAUACCCAGGCUACUAUUUCACUGGUGAUGGUGCUGCCAGAGAUAAUGAUGGUUACUACUGGAUCAGAGGUAGAGUUGAUGAUGUUGUUAAUGUUUCCGGUCACAGAUUAUCUACUGCUGAAAUUGAAUCUGCUUUGAUUGAAGAUCCAAGAGUUGGUGAAUCAGCUGUUGUUGGUAUCAAUGAUGAUCUUACUGGUCAAGCUGUUGUUGCCUAUGUUGCCUUGAAAACCGGUGAUGUUCCAGAUGAAGAUGCUUUAAGAAAAGAAUUGAUUCUUUUGGUUAGAAAAGAAAUUGGUCCAUUUGCUGCUCCAAAAUCUGUUAUCUUGGUUCAAGACUUGCCAAAGACUAGAUCAGGUAAGAUUAUGAGAAGAAUUUUAAGAAAAGUCAGUUCCAAUGAAGCUGAUCAAUUGGGUGACAUUACUACUUUACAAAACCCAGGUUCUGUUGAAGGUAUCAUUUCUGCUUUCAGCGCACAAUUCGGUAGAAAGUAA